AUGAGGUUGACUUAUCAUAAGGACCUUUCUGUCAAUAUAGCAUCCUUCUAUCUAAGAACCACAGGUUUUUGGUUAGCCACUAGUCGUAGAGAACAAUUGUUCAGGAACGCUACUAUUUUAUAUACCGCCAUCCUUGUCGCCUACAUCUUGGGGACUGAAGUGAGGGAUCUCUACUUCUCUUUCGAAGACUAUGUCGUGAAAAAUUUUGGAAGGAACGAAUCAGACAGGGAAUUGCUAUUUAAUUUGUGGGUGGACUUUCCAUUGUCUAUGUCACCAUAUUUUGAAAUUGUGUUCACUUCACAGGUUUUGUCCGGAUACCAAUGUGGAGUAUGUUAUCUUUGCUUCGAUAAUAUGUUCUGCAUUAUGUGCUUUCACGUAGGCGGGCAAUUUCGUAUAUUACAGUAUAGAAUAAGCAAUAUGUUAAGUUUGGAGAAGGAAAGAAAUUUGAACGGAGAUAACAACACGUAUACCUCGGACAAAUAUUGUGCGAUAUUCAAAAAUUGUAUUGAACAGCAUAAGGCUCUCAUUAACUUUUGUGACACGCUCGAAGUAAUAUUUAGAGAAAUUGUAUUGGUAGAAGUGAUCAUAUUUGGCAUAUUAAUUUGUUUCAUCGGAUAUCAAUUGGUUUCGAUCAUGAGUACAGCAGUAUCAUAUUUCACCAUACUGAGGCAAACUAACAUGGAUGCAGAAGAGAAUUAA